CUCGCGUUCAGUCGCACGCCGUCGCCCUUCGCGCACUUCUGCUCGUCGCGGCUUCCUCGGCUUUCGCCCCCCUCGAGCCCUCGGGUUUUGACAUCUCGUCGCACGCGCACCGGAAACUCCGUCGACCCGCCUUCCUCCCUCUUUCCCCUCGUCCUCGCGCCUCUCUCUCUCUCUCGUACCUCGUCCCCAUACCAAUCAUGCUCCACCGCAUCCACUGCCUCGUCGUCCUCGCCGCGCUCCUCGCCCUCGUCGUCGCGCCCGCACCCGCACGCGCCUCGCCCGCCCCCGCCGUCGUCGUCGUCGCACCCUCGUCCAACUCGACCGACGCGCCCGCGUUCCAGCUCAACCUCGCGAAGCGCAUCUCGACGACGGUCAAGCAGCUGAGGGAGAGGCGCAGCCCGACAAAGACGAGCCGGGUCGGGCUCGCCGGCGCGCGCAAGCGCACUUUCUCGGACGAGCUCCUCGACCUCAUCAAGGGCGUCUCGAACGCCUUUGCCGCCUCGUCCUCGUCCUCGGCGUCGGCCUCGCCGCGCCCGUCGCACGCCCUCGCGGGCAAGCCCUCGCCCUCGCCCGCCUGGGCCUCGCACGCCGCCCUCCAGCGCCGCAACUACAACAACGGGCCCUCGGCCGCGUACCCGACCGCGACCGCGAGCGCGGGCGCGGGCGCGCAGAGGCCCGGCGCGAGCCAGGCCGCGCACGCGCAGAAGCCCGGCGCGAGCCAGGUCGCGCAUGCACAGAAGCCGGGCGCGAGCCAGGCCGCGCACGCGCAGAAGCCGGGCGCGAGUCAGGCGGCGCACGGCGGCGGCGACAAGGGGAAGCCCGGCGCGAGUCAGGCGGCGUCGGCGUCGCACAGUGCGCCGUCGCACGGCGCGAGCCAGCACGCCCAGCAGCCGCAGCCGCAGCCGUCGGCGCUGUACGACGCCCGGGGCAAGGCCGAGAAGGUGUGGGACUACGUCAAGCGCGCGAUUCGCGAGGAGCCGUGGGAGACGCUCGACUCGAGGUUGCUGUGCCCGGUUGGCGAGCAGGCUUGCCCAAUUUCCCUCGCAUGGGCACCUACGAGUGCCUCGACACGCGUUCCGAGCUCGAGUCGUGCGGCGGCUGCACUUCCAAGGGCCACGGCGAGGACUGUACGGCCAUCCGCGGCGCGCAGGGCGUCACGUGCGAGUCGGGCGCGUGCCACGUCUACACGUGUCAGGUCGGGUGGCAGCUCGAUGCGGGCUUCCGUCGCGAGAAGGGCGGCAAGGGGAGGUGCCGCAAGGUGCGCUCGGCGGCGGCGGCGGCGGCGGUGGCGCACGACGAGCGGGAGGUCGUGCUCGGCGGGCAGGGCCUCGAGGCGCGCGACGAGGGCGUGUCGGGCGCCGUCGUCGAGGCGCAGUGACCUCCUUCGCCCGGACCCUCUCCUCCCUUCCUUUCCUCUCUCUCUCUCUUUCUCGAAACCUCUUCUGUGACCCCCAUCCUCAUGUAGCGCUCGCCUUUGGCCAGCAAAACCUCCCUUAUCCACAGACACUCGAGCGAGGGGGAGCCGAUGGACCUCGUUCUCCUCGUCGACGACGCCGCCGGCGACGAACUCUCUCCCUAUUUCGCCUUUUCCCCUCCACUUCCUCUCUCUCCCUUUCUCUUUCGCCCUGCCGAGCUGUAUAGACUUGCGUCUCUCUGUGCCCCCUUCUCCUCGGUUUUCCCGCUCCUCGAGCACCUUCUUCGGCGUAUCCGCCUCGCAGCCUGCCGAGCGCAAUGGACAAUCUCGCGAUGCGCUCACACUGCAUACUCUCG